AUGGCUACUGGAUAUGGUGAUCCUACAAGUAGAUACAUCGGUUCAUCGGCAUUCGCCAAGAAUGUUAGGGAUAAACAGCAUUCAACUGAUCCUGAUGAUAUGACACUUAAAGUAGUUGAUGAACUUAAGGAUAUUGUUCGAAAGAAAGUCAGACAAGGUUACGCAAUAACUCAACCAAUUGUUGAGUUAGAAGUUGCCAAGAUCAGACAUGACAAUGACCCUAAUCAACAUGAUAUCGAAGAAUUGAAGGCGCAACUUCCACGUAAUCUUCAAAAUUGUUCUGAUAGUAUUUUACGUGUAUCAAUGGCAUAUGGAAAUGAUCCAGAACAAAUAAAACCCAUAAUACAAUCGAAAAUGAAUAGCAUAAAUUCGAAUGAUAAUAUUGAUAACAUUUCACUCGAUAAUAUUAUAGAACCUUUAAAAAUGCUCAAAAAAGAUUUGGAAAGAAACCCUCUAAAAAAUAUAUUCAAUGCAGUUCGCAACAUCAAUGAACACAAUAGUGAUCGUGCCGAUCGUUUAUUUCUCAGUGAAGUUCUUCAUUUCACACCUGCUAUACGAGACUAUAAAUUUGACGAUGCUCAUCAAGCAGUAGAAGCUAUUCGCACUACAACAUAUGAAUCAGAAAGACCAGAAGAUCUUCUUUCUAUUGUCAAAACACUUCGAGAAACUGACGAAAUUCGUCAAGCUCUAAACGAUAUGUCAAAAAAAUCAAUGAGACACGUGAGUUGA